CUGCCUGUCUGUCGCUCAUGUGAGGUUCACUUCUGAGGAAUAGAAUGUGAAACUUAACCAGAUAAUGCCUGGCCAUAUUUACUGUUUCUGGGCUGGCCGUAAGGGUAUAAAUACUCCACUCACAUCAUUGCAAACCAUUGGCAAAUUUGGCUACAUUGCUGCACUGAUACCCCAGUACCUCUCACUGUGCAAGAUGCUGCCUCUCUUUGCUCUACCAAUGAUGGAAAUGCUCUCUGCUGUUUGGGGGAAUUUUAAGUUCCUUUUACACAGCAUAAAUAUAUUCUUUUUCUGGUGCUGGCUGGAAAUCUUAGGGAAGCAGAAAACGUCACCUCUAACCAGAAAGCCGGAGCCUGAAGAUGGCACCAAGGUGAAGCCAACCAGCGUGAAUUAUCAUUUCACCCGGCAGUGCAAUUACAAAUGUGGCUUCUGCUUCCACACAGCAAAGACUUCUUUUGUGCUGCCUAUAGAAGAAGCCAAGAGGGGGCUUACUAUGCUCAAAGCUGCAGGCAUGGAAAAGAUCAAUUUCUCUGGUGGGGAACCUUUCCUGCAAGAGAGAGGUCAUUAUGUGGGAAAACUGGUCCAGUUCUGCAAAGAGGAGCUGAAACUACCAAGUGUCAGCAUUGUGAGCAAUGGCAGUCUGAUUACGGAGAGGUGGUUCAAACUAUACGGGGAAUAUCUGGACAUCCUCGCCGUGUCCUGCGACAGCUUUAAUGAGGAUGUGAACAAGUUAAUUGGACGAGGACAAGGAAAGAAAAACCAUGUGGAGAAUUUGCUAAAAAUAAGACAGUGGUGCCAGGAUUAUAACGUUGCUUUUAAAAUAAACUCCGUCAUUAACCGAUACAAUGUUGAUGAGGACAUGAACGAUGAAAUCUCUCUGAUUAAUCCAAUUCGCUGGAAGGUUUUCCAGUGCCUUAUUAUCGAAGGAGAAAAUGCCGGGGAAGAGGCCUUGAGACAGGUCGAGACAUUCAUUAUUAGCAACAAGGAAUUCAAAGGUUUUCUGGAUCGUCACAGAAACAUCAAAUGUUUGGUCCCUGAAUCAAAUGAGCAGAUGCGCAAUUCCUAUCUCAUCUUGGAUGAAUACAUGCGUUUUUUGGACUGUAGGAAUGGGCGUAAGGAUCCCUCGAAAUCUAUCCUCGAUGUCGGCAUUGACAACGCAAUACAGUUCAGCGGAUUUGAUGAGAAAAUGUUCUUCAAAAGGGGCGGAAAAUACGUUUGGAGCAAAGCAGAUUUAAGGCUGGAGUGGUGAAAGCCGAUCCUUUCCCACCCAAUGGACGAUGCACUUUUGUAGCUUUUUUGUGUGUUUAAGCAAUGUGUGUUAUUUUUUAUUGUUAUAAUGAGAUUUGUAUUUUGUUUAAUAUAUGAUAUGUGUAACAGUAUUAAUUAGCAUGUACAGCAUGAUGUCAUUCAGUUACUCAAUGCUCCUCCCAAGUAGGGUUGACACAAGCCCAGUUUUGACCUGGAUGGCCUGGUUUUCGAUAUAUUGGGGUUUUUACCAGCCCUGCCCACAACAUCAUCCGCCCCGCACCCGUGACAUCCCUGACCCGCCCACUUCCUGGAAGAUGAAAGGUGGCAACCCUACUCCAAGCCCAGUUUAAUUAUGUCAUCAGGACUAUGGAGACUGAUUGGUGUCCUUUGCUCCUAAGUAACAGCUUACAAGCAUUAAUAAUGGAGAUUCUCUUAGCUCUUUCCAGCCUAUUGCACUUAUGUAUACAUCAUACCAGCAACCCACAUAGGGAAUGUAUAUAGACCCCAGAAGGGCUGUUUAUUUUUGCACCCCAGUCCUGAAAUGGAUACAUAUUCCAAUAAUGUGCACUACUGCUAUUUAAGCUGGAAAAAAGAAGAAAAGUCACAGGUUACAUAGCAGAUAGCAGAUCAGCUCUGUAGAAUACAAUGGGAAUCUAUGCAACCUAUCUGUUUUCUACUGUGUAACCUUUGUCUUUUCUCCUUUUUUUAAUUUGAAUGGCUGUCCCCGUGGCUACACAUGUAUAUAGUAUUUCCAUUGCAUAGCACUUUAGACUUGUAUCCCUCAGGUUGUUGGGAGCUAGACCUCCUUAUACCUUACUCAAGCAACCCUCCUGUAGCCUCCCUGCUCUAGUAGAGUUUUUGUUAAAUGUAAGCACAGCUACUACAUUCCUUACUUUUUUUGCAACCCAAAGCUGCAAUAGGAAACAGCCUCCAGAAAAUGUAGUUUAACAACAUCCAGAGGCUUACAGGUUGAAUGUGCAUCAGUGUACAGGGUAAAUAUGGAUUAUGAAUAAAGAAAAUGUUUUGUCUUAUAUUUAUUUUAAAAAAAUAUAGCACUUUUGUAUAUAAAAUGACUAAAUGACUUGUUUAUCUGAAAUAUUGUGUCAAUCUAUGUACAUUUAAGAGUGUUUUUAUUCUUAAAAUAAACAAGAUUUAUUUUU